AUGUGGUGUGUGGGCGUGUACCUUUUCACUCAGAUAGUUAUAUGUCAAUUUACUACAGAAAAUCUGACAUCCACAACAGAAGAAGACCAAACUGUUACACCAUUCUACGCGCUUAGUACAGGUAUAGUACCAGCGCCCGUGAUGCUCCGACUUGGUAACUCAACCAUUGAUAGCACGAAAUCGUUCAAAGUACCACAACCCUCAAAAGAACCUGAUACGGGAACUCUAACUGUUCAACCGAAUGUGGUACCGGAUAUGGUACCACACGUUGUAUCAGUGAAGAAUACCUAUUUUGACCAUGACAGGAAAUAUGGACCAACGUUCGAGGAUACUCCAGAUGGUAAUAUCACAAAAAUAACUGUGCAACUGGGUGAAGAUGCUCACCUCAAUUGCCGGAUUAGUCUCCUUCAAGAUAAAACGGUAUCUUGGGUUCGUCGAAGAGGCAAAGAGGAAAUUCCUGAACUCCUAACUGUAGGUGCUGUUACAUAUGCAGCUGAUAAUAGGGUGUCAGUCGGAAAGAGAUAUCCUGGUAACUGGAGAUUACUUAUCAGGGAGGUUAAGCCAGAUGACGAAGGAGUUUACGAAUGUCAAAUAUCAACACACCCCCCUAGAGUUAGUAGGACAUACCUACAUGUGAACACACCACAAGUAUGGGUAGUCGAUGAGGCAGGUGGUCCGCUUCAAGCGAAAUAUUACGAAGCUGAGUCAACUUUAGCGUUGGUGUGUCGAGCGCGACAUGUGGAAACACCGGCCGUGCUUACUUGGCUACAUGAGGGACGGGCCCUUAAUGCUGACACAACAAGAGGAGGAAUCAGUGUAAAAACAGAGCAAGUACCGGGCGGCGCUGACAGCGUGCUCAGAUUAGCACGCGUGAACAGCAGCGACGCGGGCAACUACACGUGCGCGGUGCGGGGAGCGAGGCCCCACACUGUCGCUGUACAUGUGCUCAACGAAAGUCUCGCAGAGCUGCACGGUGGUACAUCGACAGUACAACCAUCACUAACAACAGUCACGACACUAUUCAUCGUAACGUUAAUCGUUUCAAGGUCAUCACUAUUAUCCAUAACGAUCGCGUACCCAACACUAGCCUGUAGUAUUAGCGCCAAAGGCGAAAUGAAUGAGCAUUACAAAGUAUUACUAUUACCUACGUGAUAAAAAUAUGUAAAU